CACUCGGCGUGGACUGCGGGAAUCGACGGACUAGCGUGUGUUUUUCUCUGUGCGUGGCGCUUGUUUGUGUCGUUGCUUGUUUGUGUUGUAGCUACUCACGGUUUGAGUGAGUAGCAACGAUGUACAAAAGCUACUCGUCAGGGCGGCAUUGUGCAGUCGUCGGCUGCACGAACAAUCAACGCAAGCGCAAGCUUCUGAUGAAUGAAAUCUGCGCCGACCAUCAGUGCAACCGAGGUACGUGUGGGUGCGGUGUGUACUCAUUGCACAGAUUUCCGGCUGCACCUGAAAAGUGUCGGGAAUGGGAAAUUGCCCUCAACCGCAAGGACUUCAAGCCAAGCAAGCUUGCACGUGUCUGUUCCGUUCACUUUGUUGACGGCAAACCUACUGCCCUAAAUCCGUGCCCAAUGCUUGGCCUCGGCUACGCAAAAAAGGUGACACGUGGAAGGAGGCCAAUCCUGAGAACCCUCCAGCCAACUUCAGUGGCUGCGUCAGUGCAGCUUAUGGACAGUCAGGCCACACACCGUGAUGUCCCAGCAGUGAUAGUCGCACCAGCUCCAUCUCCGCUGAGUUCAACGGGGUACACAGGAGAACAGAUGCAGCAAAAUUCAGCACACCCAGACGAAUGCGAGAUCAGUGUCCUUGACCUCAGCUGCCGUGGCAAUGCUUCGAUUCAGGAAGAACGAGACUAUGAAAAGUGUCACAAGAGUUGCCAAGCAGAAACACAGGUUUGCAGUGUGGGAGUUCAGUGGGAAGACCCGUAUUCCAUCACACAGGUUGAACAUUCAUAUGCAGCUACAGAAACUAAUUUUCAAUGCUCAGGAACACAAACCAUACCAAGACCAGUUUUUGAGGGCCUUUCUGAGGCAACUUGUAACUUUUAUACAGGGCUUGGACUAGAUGGCUUUUGGAAAUUAGUGACAACAGUGGCUCAAUGUGGUCAGGUUUGCGGAAGCAUGACCAUUGGUGACCAGCUCCUGUUAACACUCAUGCGACUUCGCUUAGGACUUUUGUAUUUUGACUUGGCCCUGAGAUUUGGUACAUCUGUGGCACGAACAGGGCAAAUAUUUCGCAAAAUGAUCGGCAUUUUGGAUGGCAUUAUGAGAAAUGUUGUUGCAUGGCUGCCAAUUGAAACAAUUUUGGCAACAAUGCCAAGACAGUUUGCAGAAAGUCAGUAUGCUGACACUACCUGUAUCAUUGACUGCACUGAGGUGCACAUGCAGCGGCCUAAGAAACUUUAUCCUAGAGGGCAGACAUACAGCGCCUACAAGGGCUGCAACACUGCUAAGUUCCUCGUCGCGGUUGCGCCAAGUGGAUUCAUAAUGUUUGUAUCAAACGCAUAUGGUGGACGGGCUUCAGAUAAGUUCAUUAUUGAAGAGUCUGGAUUCGUAGACAACUUGUCUGAAGGCCAUGUAAUCAUGGCUGACAGGGGCUUUAGUCUAAGCAAUUCUAUGAAGGAAAAGGGGGUGAAGCUCAACAUGCCAGCCUUCUCAAGAGGCAAGCUUCAGUUUACCGAAGGAGAAGCAACAGCAUCAAGAAGGAUCUCGCACUUGAGAAUCCACGUUGAACGUGCAAUCAAUCGAAUUAAAGUGUACCGAAUUCUCAAGUAUUCAUUGCCUAUACAUCACAAGAAGUUGAUGAACAGCAUUAUUCUUGUGUGUGCGGGCUUUUGCAACCUGAAAGGGCCACUUAUAGCAGACCCAAAAGUUGAAAAAGACGAGGAAGCGGAAAGUGAGAAUGAACUAGACCACACCUAG